AUGUCAUUGAACGUCACCACCAAAUUGCCCGCCCUGCGAACUGCGCGGAGAAUUGCACCGAGAUACCGCUCUGCCACUUCGGUGCAGAGAAGACACUUUUCGUUCGGCGCGUUCUGGAGCAAGUCCGCGAGCUCGGCGGAGCAGGCGGAAUGGAGCCCCGCGAUUGACGGCCCCCAUCGGCAGAGCAAGCUGCAGGUCAGGGAGCAGCAAGAGAAGGAACUCGCAGAAAAGGCAGCCCAGGAAUUCCCAGUUCCAGAAGAGUCGGAUGUUGGACAGGUCGACGGUGCUCCUGCCAGACACGUUGCAGUGGAAAUCGACGGAAAUGCUCGAGUCUUCGAUACUGCGUUCUUGCGGGACAGCUGCUCGUGCUUGCAGUGCAAAGACCCGCAUAGCAAGCAGAAAGUCUUCCAGACAUCAGACAUUCCAGAUGAUCUAGAAGGGAGCUACAAGCUCGUCGAGGAUGAAGAAAUAGGGUCUUCAAUUGAGCUCGAGUGGAAAAACGACGUCAAGGGAUAUGGAGCAGAUCACCGCACACGACAUUCGAUUGACUGGCUACGACGAGCGAUCCACCAAGAAGUCGAACUAAGAGGCGGUGUACGAAACGAUGACCGAGUGCUAUGGGACAAGCAGAGAAUCACACGGGACAACAAGUGGCUAGACUACAACGACUACAUGGCCCAAGACGAGGUGCUCUACGACGCUCUGACGCACUUGCACAAAUAUGGCCUCCUCUUCAUCAAGAACGUGCCCGAGUCCGAAGAAUCAGUCGUCAAGCUCUCCGAGCGCAUCGGCAACCUCAAAGACACCUUCUACGGCCGCACAUGGGACGUGCGAUCCAAAGCCAAAGCUGAGAACAUCGCCUACACGCCCCAGUUCCUAGGGCUGCACAUGGAUCUGCUAUACACGUCGAACCCGCCGCACCUGCAGCUGCUGCACUCGCUGCGCGCCCGCACACCCGGCGGCGAAUCCUUCUUCAGCGACGCCUUCAACGCCGUCCACCAACUGCAGCGCUUCUCGGCGUUCCACUUCCGCACCCUCUGCACCUUCCCCGUCACGUACCACUACCACCAUCCCACGCACCACUACCACUUCACCCGCCCCGUCAUAGAACUCUUUCCGUAUCCAAAGUACAGCGAGCCCACCAACCUAGCCAUCCGCCGCGUGAACUGGAGCCCGCCUUUUCAGGCACCCUUCGAAGCCCGCAUCGGAAGUAAUAGCCAGACCUCCUUCCGCUCAUUCAUCGCCGCGAGCAAGGCGUACGAGAAGCUCCUCAGCGCCGAGGAGAACUUGUACGAGUAUAGACUGAAUGAGGGCGAGUGUGUCAUCUUCGAUAAUAGGAGAGUACUGCAUGCGAGGCGCGCGUUUGAUGCGACCAAGGGCGAGAGGUGGUUGAAGGGCGCGUAUGUGGAUGAUGAUGUUUUCUUCAGUAAACUCAGGGUCCUUCAGGAGAGGUAUGAGGGGAACUGGAAUGCUGAGGGGACGGUGCGGUAUGCUGUCAAGGGAGAGUAG